AUGGCGUUUAAGAAAACAUUAGCCCAGCGUCUUUUCAGCAUGUCUAGAAUCACAAAUCCGGCUUUAACGAAUUGCCGGAUUUCCUCAUCAUCAACGGCUGUGAAUGCUCCGUCAAAUCAACAGCCAAAGCCAAAUAAACUGGCUCUGGAUCCCGGAGAUGACGGGAUUUUCCGGCGGUACCUUCACCGUCACUCGGUGGCCAUAUCGCCUGAGAUCCGGUCCUUGCCCAUCGGAGAAAAGCUGCUUGAAAAACUCCGGGGCAUGGACAUUACCCAGGACGGGAUCGGGCUUGACGGGUUGAUGCCGCCAGGAGGAGAGGCGGCGGUGGCACCGAAUGAGAAGCUGACGGUGAAGGAUGUCAAAAAGAUUCUGAGAUUGUUCCAGCUUGAAUUGGUGAAGGAGAGGCUUAAGCAAAUAGAAAAGGAUUAUAUUUCUUAUUCAGAUUUUUUACAGAUUUGUGUUAAAAAUUGCUCUAGUGUUGAUCAAGGAAUGGAGUUCGCGAAAAUGCUUGAUGAAUCUGGCACUAUUAUUGUACUAGGUGAUUUCAUCCUCCUCCGGCCAGAACAGGUGAUGAAAGCCAUCAAAGGCCUACUGCCAGUGCCCAUAUCCAAUUCAAGUGAUGCACGUAUUAACGAGCUCGAAGAAAUGGAGAAACAGAAAACCGUCAUCGACAAGAAGGCCGAGUUGAUGGUACGCCGUGAACUUUGGGGUGGACUAGGCUAUCUAAUUAUCCAAACAGCAGCCUUUAUGAGGCUAACAUUUUGGGAACUUUCUUGGGACGUAAUGGAACCAAUUUGUUUCUAUGUCACAUCAGUGUACUUCAUGGCUGGCUAUGGUUUCUUUUUGAGGACAUCCCUGGAGCCUUCUUUCGAAGGAUUCUUUCAGAGCCGAUUUAUUGCGAAGCAAAAGCGUCUCAUGAAACUUCACAAUUUCGAUAUUGUUAGGUAUAACGAGCUCAAAAAAGUUUGUUAUCCCAAUUCAUCGGUCCUAAGUGAAAGUGUUGUAUCUUUUAGUAAUUCAUUUGGUGAUGUUCGAAGAACAUAG